GAGCCUGACCUUCCUCCCGGCGGGCAGUGCGCGGCCAUGGCGAUGCCUGAGGUGGGUGGCUGUGGUUCGGUGUCGGGGAGAAGCCUCCUGUCGGGAGGCCUCCUGGAGCUGCUGAGACCCGCCGUGGAGGAGGUGGAUCAUCAGGUUCAGGGAGUGAGGGAGAGUCAGCUGGAUCUUCGGGAACAAAUCGACAAUCUCUCGGCAGAAUUGUAUAGGAUUAAUGAAGACCAGAAAGUGUCACUUGACCUGGACCCAUACGUUAAAAAGUUGCUGAAUGCCAGGCGGAGAGUGGUGCUUGUGAACAACAUCUUGCAGAAUGCCCAGGAACGACUGAGACGGUUAAACCACAAUGUCGCGAAGGAAACAGCUCGUCGUAAAGCCUUGCUGGAGUCUGGAUUACUACUUCCUGGUUCUCCAAGCAAAUGAAGACCGCUUGUGAAAAUCCAAAUGACCACAAACUGCUGCCGUUAGUGAAGAUGCAUUGACCUGUCUAUCGAUUCACUCAGCAUGAUGCUUGAAGCACACAAACCAAGAUUUAAUUGAUAGCUCAUUUGGAGUGGAAGUGGGUAAAGGUUCAAACCUAUCACAAUAGUGUACAGUUCCUAAUCUCAGUUAUCGAUCACAGAGGCCUCAUUUGGUACAGCCCAAAUAAACUUCAUCUGAGGUCUGGUCUGUUUGGACAAACUUGAAUUAUGGAAUUAUAAGACCACUGCAUUGAGCUUAAAUAUAACAUGCACUGAAGUUUAUCAAAUGCUCACUUACUGUGAGUAAUGUCACACCUGUCAGGGGAGAAAGAUUUAAUUUUUGCAGCUUUUACAUGUGACACUUCUUGCUUAUUAAUGUCCAAGUGAAUAUGGAGCUCUAUCCCUUCCAAGUGACUGCCCUGAUACCAUUGCUACAAUGCUGAUUUACAAACUGUAUUUAAAAGACUUCCUUAAUGUUAAUCCAAGCAAUACUGAUUCUGUUUGACUCAUAUUUGACCAUUUCUCCAGCAAGAACUAAAGCCUUUCCUCUAAUUGGUAA